AUUCUCAGUUCCCACCAUUCUCUGUAAUUCUCUCUCUCUCUCUCUCUCUCUCUCUCUCUCUCUCAAUUGCUGAGUCAGUGUUUGGUUGGGGAGAAGCUCGAACAAUCGGCGGCAAUGGAGGUGUGUCUCUGAGAGGGAGUUAGAUUGAAGCUUUGUCUGUAAAUUUGGAAACUUUGGAGGAGGAGAGAGAGUUGCUUAAUCGAUUGAUUGAGAGCUGAGGCUGAAGAAAAGCUUGCUUUUUUCUAAUGGCGGUGGAAUACGAAUGUUGCAGUAGCGGGUUCUUCAUUCACAUAGCGCUGAUCGUGCUGUUGGUGCUGUUCGCUGGGCUAAUGUCUGGCCUCACCUUGGGGCUCAUGUCCAUGAGCCUGGUCGAUCUCGAGGUCCUCGCCAAGUCCGGCACCCCCAAGGAUCGCAAAUACGCCGCGAAGAUAUUGCCUGUUGUAAAAAAUCAGCAUCUGCUGCUCUGCACCCUACUAAUUUGCAAUGCUGCUGCAAUGGAGACACUUCCUAUUUUCCUAGAUGGUCUGGUGACAGCUUGGGGUGCGAUCCUAAUUUCAGUGACACUGAUUCUUCUGUUUGGUGAGAUUAUACCACAAUCUAUUUGUUCCCGAUAUGGUUUGGCGAUAGGUGCAACAGUGGCUCCAGUUGUGCGCGUUCUUGUCUGGAUUUGCAUUCCUGUUGCAUAUCCAAUUAGCAAGCUAUUGGACUUUCUGCUGGGCCAUGGACAUGUAGCUCUAUUUCGCAGAGCUGAGUUGAAAACACUUGUAGAUAUGCAUGGUAAUGAGGCUGGAAAAGGUGGAGAGUUAACACAUGAUGAGACAACAAUUAUUGCCGGAGCACUUGAGCUCUCCGAGAAAACAGCUAGUGAUGCCAUGACUCCUAUAGCCGAAACUUUUGCAAUUGAUAUCAAUGCCAAGCUUGACAGGAAUUUGAUGAACCUAAUAUUGGAGAAAGGACAUAGCAGAGUUCCUGUUUAUUAUGAGGAGCCUACAAACAUAAUUGGACUCGUCCUGGUAAAAAAUUUGUUGACGGUUAAUCCAGAAGAGGAAGUGCCUGUAAAGAGUGUCACUGUACGCAGGAUUCCAAGGGUUCCAGAAACGUUGCCGUUAUAUGACAUAUUGAAUGAGUUUCAGAAAGGUCACAGCCACAUGGCUAUUGUUGUAAGACGAUGCAAUAAGAAUGUGGAUCAGACCAACGGUGAUCCUGCUGACAAUCCAGUGAAGGAAGUGAAAGUUGACAUUGAUGGUGAAAAGCCUCUUCAAGAGAAGAUUUUGAAGAGCAAAAGAUCACUGCAGAAGUGGAAGAGCUUUCCCAACACAAACAGUGCAAAUAAUUCAUAUAGGACCGGUUCCAGAAGCAAGAAAUGGACAAAGGAGAUAUAUUCAGACAUCCUGCAGAUUGAUGGCGGUGAGCCACUCCCUAAGCUCCCUGAAGAGGAAGAGGCUGUUGGCAUUAUAACAAUGGAAGAUGUUAUCGAAGAACUGUUACAGGAGGAGAUUUUCGAUGAGACUGAUCAUCAGUUUGACGACUCAUAACACUGGUCUUUUCUAGGAAGCAAAGUGUCUUCAUCUUGCCGUACAUAUGAUCACAGAAAAUUAGUGAAACUUGUUUCAGUCAUUUCUUUUUUGUCUUGUAGAGUUAACAUAGUUUGUAGUACUGUACGGAAACUGUAUUGAAAAUUCAUGCAGUUGAGAAGUGAUUAGAUGUGUGUUAUUUGUUGUACUCUAGUAUUAGUAGCUGGCUGUGUAUGUUCGAGAUGAAUGUCAAAUUUUUCUCCA